UGCCAACAGAUUGAAGACAUUGUCACACGAAUACAAGACGAGAAAGCAGGUGGUGUAACAAUCCGGACUGUCAAAAGCUUCCUCUCCAAGAUCCCAAGCGUGGUAUCAGGGGCAGACAUUGUUCAGUGGAUGAUGAAAAACCUCUCUAUUGAGGAUCCAGCUGAAGCCAUCCACCUUGGAAGUCUGGUUGCUGCCCAUGGCUACAUCUUCCCCAUCUCUGACCAUGUCCUGACACUUAAAGAUGAUGGGACCCUUUAUCGCUUUCAGUCUCCAUACUUCUGGCCUUCAAACUGUUGGGAGCCUGAGAACACAGACUAUGCCAUUUACCUGUGCAAGCGCACCAUGCAGAAUAAAGCCAGGCUUGAGCUAGCCGACUAUGAGGCUGAGAACCUCGCCCGGCUGCAGAGGGCUUUUGCCAGGAAGUGGGAAUUCAUCUUCAUGCAAGCUGAGGCUCAAGUCAAGAUCGACAGAAAGAAGGACAAGGCAGAGAGGAAGAUCCUGGAUAGCCAAGAGAGGGCAUUCUGGGAUGUCCAUCGGCCAGUGCCAGGCUGUGUCAACACCACAGAGAUGGACAUCCGCAAGUGCCGGAGAGAGAAGAACCCACACAGGGUGAAGAAGUCAGUGUAUGGGGUACCAGAUGACGGCCAGAGCCAGCCCAGUCCAAUCCACAUCAGCUCCCAGCCGGCAAGGAAGGCUACAAAAGAGGACGUUCGAAAGGAGAUUACUUUCUUGAACAUCCAACUGGACAGACACUGUAUGAGGGUUUCUAAAGUGGCUGACAGUCUGAUGAGCUACACAGAGCAGUUCAUGGAAUACGACCCCUUUGUGUCGACCACAGAGCCCUCCAACCCAUGGAUCAGUGAUGACACUUCCUUCUGGGACUUGGAGGCAAGUCGUGACCCCAGCCAGCAGCGUGUGAAGAAAUGGGGCUUCUCCCUGGAGGAAGCACUGAAAGACCCCGCAGGACGAGACCAGUUCCUGAGGUUCCUGGAGUCAGAGUUCAGCUCAGAGAACCUGCGGUUCUGGUUGGCAGUGCAGGAUCUCAAGCGACGGCCGCUCCAGGAAGUGUCCUCCAGGGCGCACGAGAUCUGGCAGGAGUUUCUGGCCGAAGGAGCACCAAGUGCCAUCAAUCUGGACUCUCACAGCUAUGAGCGCACCAGUCAGAACCUCAAAGACCCUGGACGCUACAGCUUUGAGGACGCUCAGGAGCACAUAUUCAAGCUAAUGAAAAGUGACAGCUAUGCACGCUUUUUGCGAUCCAACAUCUACCAAGACCUCCUGUUAGCCAGAAAGAAGCCAGCAGACACUGAACAGGGCCGCCGCACCUCCUUGGAGAAGUUCACCCGCAGUGUGGUAAGUCAUUUGGAGCUGGGGCUGUUCAUAUCACAAACCACACUGGCUGGCUCACUAUCAGUGGCUUUUGCAAUUAUAACCAUAUUACACUCUAUUGUGGCUUUUUAUAGCUGUAAUAGGAUGUGUGUUUGUGGAUAAAAUAACACACUAGUCACAUGAAUGCUUUCCUUAUUGGUUCUGUGUGAUUAGUUAAGUAUUUGGAUGUAUCCGCUGUGAGCUUCUAGUGAUGUAUUGUCAUUUUAAUUGACCUUCCAGGGCAAGUCACUGACGGGCAAACGUCUGACAGGCCUGAUGCAGUCAUCCUGACACAGCCUGAGCUGGAGGGGCACAGCCAGACCCUGUUUGAGGGGUGACCACCACACAGGGGUUGGGGCAGGGACAGUGGAGCUGGUCUGGACAGCGAUAUUGUGGAGGCUCUCAGACACUGCUCCGAGGACUGCUGCCAUACUGGUCGUGCAGCACUGGGCCUGCUGGGGUGAACGCCCCGAAAAGAACCACUGAAGAAAAGACAGUGCCGACAAGGGGAACCUCAGCCAACACACCACAUGGCAUGCAGCAUACACUAUAAGCACAUUCAGACUAGGGCUGCCCUCUUCACUUAGUCGGCAAAUUGGUUGUUAGACUCUUUGUCGACUAAGCUGAUCAGUUUAUAUUGUUUUCAUGUUGUUUUAUAUAUUCUGUCUGAAAGUUAUGUGGCACAAUUGCAAAUAUUUGCAAUGAAUUGAAAAUUGGUUUAGUUGUUCUUCAGCUGGGCCCAGUCCUAACUCAGACAAACUUGCUUAAAUACAAGGUCAAGGUAUCAACACAGACACAAAUGUAUUUUGCAUAUUUCUCUGUUCUCUGUACAAGGCAGCCAGCAAUAAAGGGAGCGGGAGACCACUUUCUUUUUUUUUUUC